CUGUGGGGACAAUUUCAAUUUCCAUGCUUUGUCCAAAAGGAACUUUCUCCUGCCUGAGCCUGGAUUAAUCAUGAGAGAGUUGGUCAACAUUCCACUGGUCCAUAUUCUGACGCUGAUUGCCUUCAGCAGGACCGAGAAACUUCCAAAAGCUCCUGUUAUCACCACACCCCUUGAAACAGUAGACGCCUUAGUGGAAGAGGUGGCUACUUUCAUGUGUGCCGUGGAAUCCUAUCCGCAGCCUGAGAUUUCCUGGACUAGAAAUAAAAUUCUUAUUAAGCUCUUUGAUACUCGGUACAGCAUUCGGGAGAACGGGCAGCUCCUCACCAUCCUGAGUGUGGAAGACAGUGACGACGGCAUUUACUGCUGCACAGCCAACAAUGGUGUGGGAGGGGCUGUCGAGAGCUGCGCGGCUCUUCAAGUGAAGAUGAAACCAAAAAUAACUCGUCCUCCCAUAAAUGUAAAAAUAACAGAGGGAUUAAAGGCAGUUCUACCAUGUACGACCAUGGGCAAUCCCAAACCAUCAGUAUCGUGGAUCAAGGGAGACACUGCUCUCAGGGAAAAUGCCCGCAUUGCGGUUCUGGAAUCCGGGAGUUUGAGGAUCCACAAUGUACAAAAAGAAGAUGCGGGACAUUAUCGAUGUGUGGCAAAAAACAGCCUUGGGACGGCAUAUUCCAAACUGGUGAAACUGGAAGUUGAAGAAGAAAGUGAACCUGAGCAAGAUGCUAAAGUUUUUGCCAGAAUCCUGAGGUCUCCUGAGUCCCACAAUGCCACGUUUGGCUCCUUUGUGACCCUGCGCUGUACAGCAACAGGCAUCCCUGUUCCAACCAUCACCUGGAUUGAAAAUGGCAAUGCUGUUUCCUCUGGCUCCAUUCAGGAGAGUGUGAAAGACCGGGUGAUUGACUCAAGAUUGCAGCUGUUUGUCACCAAGCCGGGACUCUACACGUGCAUAGCUACCAAUAAGCAUGGAGAGAAAUUCAGCACUGCGAAGGCUGCGGCUACCAUCAGUAUAGCAGAGUGGAGUAAACCGCAGAAAGAUAACAAAGGUUACUGCGCCCAGUACCGAGGGGAGGUGUGCAACAGCAUCCUAGCCAAAGAUGCUGUUGUCUUCUUCAACACCUCCUACGCGGACCCUGAGGAGGCCCAAGAGCUGCUGGUUCACACUGGCUGGAAUGAGCUGAAAGCAGUGAGCCCGUUCUGCAGGCGAGCUGCCGAGGCUCUCUUGUGCAGCCACAUCUUCCGAGGCUGCAACCCCGGAAUGGCACCGACUCCUAAGCCCAUUUGCAGAGAGUACUGCCUGGCCGUGAAGGAGCUCUUCUGUGCGGAAGAAUGGCUGGCAAUCGAAGCAAAGACCCACAGAGGACUCCACAGACCCGGGAGGCAUCUGCUCUCCUGGCCAGAAUGCAGCAAGCUUCCCAGCAUGCACUGGGACCCCAUGGCCUGUACUCGACUGCCAUAUUUAGCAUUCCCACCAAUGAUGUCCUCAAAGCCAAGUGUGGACAUUCCAAACUUGCCUUCCUCCUCCUCCUCCUCCUUCUCGGCCUCACCCACAUACUCCAUGACCGUCAUCAUUUCUAUCAUGUCCAGCUUUGCAAUAUUUGUGCUUCUCACCAUAACUAUUCUGUACUGCUGCCGAAGACGAAAACAAUGGAAAAGUAAGAAAAGAGAAUCAGCAGCUGUAACCCUCACCACUCUUCCUUCUGAGCUUUUGCUGGACAGGCUACACCCCAACCCCAUGUACCAGAGGAUGCCACUCCUUCUGAACCCCAAGUUGCUCAGCCUGGAAUAUCCCAGGAAUAACAUUGAGUAUGUGAGAGAUAUUGGAGAGGGGGCAUUUGGAAGGGUCUUUCAAGCAAGGGCGCCAGGCUUACUCCCCUACGAACCCUACACAAUGGUGGCCGUAAAGAUGCUCAAAGAAGAAGCCUCGGCGGACAUGCAAGCUGACUUUCAGAGAGAGGCAGCCCUCAUGGCGGAAUUUGAUAACCCGAACAUCGUGAAACUCUUGGGUGUGUGCGCUGUCGGCAAGCCCAUGUGCCUCCUCUUUGAAUACAUGGCCUAUGGCGACCUCAACGAAUUCCUGCGCAGCAUGGCUCCGCACAACGCGGGCACCCGGAGCCACGGCGACGACGUGGCGCGGGUGCGGGUGUCCAGUCCGGGACCCCCGCCGCUCUCCUGCGCCGAGCAGCUGUGCAUCGCCAGGCAGGUGGCCGCCGGCAUGGCUUACCUGUCGGAGCGCAAGUUUGUGCACCGCGAUUUGGCCACCAGGAACUGCCUGGUGGCCGAGAGCAUGGUGGUGAAGAUCGCCGACUUCGGCCUCUCCAGGAACAUCUACUCGGCCGACUACUACAAGGCCAAUGAAAAUGACGCCAUCCCCAUCCGCUGGAUGCCCCCCGAGUCCAUUUUCUACAACCGCUACACCACCGAGUCGGACGUGUGGGCCUACGGGGUGGUGCUGUGGGAGAUCUUCUCCUACGGCCUGCAGCCCUACUACGGCAUGGCCCACGAGGAGGUCAUCUACUACGUGCGGGAUGGCCACAUCCUCGCCUGCCCCGAGCGCUGCCCGCGGGACCUGUACAACCUGAUGCGCCUGUGCUGGAGCCCGCUGCCAGCCGACCGGCCCAGCUUCCCCAGCAUCCACCGGAUUCUGGAGCGCAUGUGCCAGAGGGCGGCAGCAACCGUGGGGGUCUGA